AUGGCCGAGGUGCUGCCGAGGGACGUGCGCGUGCUGCGCGACCAGGCAGCGCGGCGCGUACGCGACGUACGUGACGUGCAGUUUGCACAGAUCUCCCAGUGCCGCACUCCUGCGGAGCUGGCCGAGACCGAGCAGGAACUCCAUGCGACGCUCGCCAAGAUCGGCGCGCUGGUGCGCCAAGUCGCCGACGAGGCGCCGGACGGCAGUACACCUGCUGAGUGUGCUGCCAUUGAGGCCGCCGCGCGCGAAGACCGCAAAACACUCGAUGCACUCCGCUUGGAGGCCAGGAAAUGCCUGCUGGGCGCCCAGCGCACUGUCCAGGCCGCCGCCGAGAAUGCGGCACGCGAUGCGCUCCAACUCGGCUCCCAGAAUGCCAAGGAGCGCACGAAAAAGGCGUCGGGCGACCGCGCCGAGGCAGCAUCCGAGGAAGUGACGUCUGCGCUCCAGCGCACCGUCGCACUGAUGUCGACCGAACUCGAAAAGUCGGGCUUUUCUGCUCAGCUUCUCGAAGAGUCCUCGGAAGGACUCGCGCAGAUCUCCGAGGCAUACCAGUCAUUCGGGUCGCUGCUGCGCAACUCGGUCGACCUGAUCAAGCAGAUGGAGCGCCAAGAGCUCUGGGACCUCGGCGUGCUCGUCGCGUCCCUCUCCUUCUUUGUAGGGUGCAUCGCCUACAUUCUGUAUGUGCGCGUCAUCAGCAAAGGCCUCUCGGUCCUGGGCCUCGCAUGGCGCGCCACGGGCAUUGUGAAGCAUAUCCCAGGCAUGUCGCACUCCGCCGCAUCGCUCGCGGCCACGGCGUCGGUCGCGACGGCUAUGCGCCGCUCGCCGGCAGAAGCGCCGCGGAAGCGCGUGCACCGUGACGAUCCGAUCGCCGACGCGACGCGUGGCAUGCCGGACACGCCGCUUCCGUCUCCGUCGACGUGGACGCGGCCGCGUGGCGCGAUGCGUGGCGUCGACGCCCGGCGGAACGCCGAGGCGUUCCGCGACGCCGAGGCACAAGCCGAGGCCGAGGCGCGUCAGCUGCGCGAGGCGCAGGAAGAAGAGGCGCACCGCCAGCGCGAAGCACAGGAAGACGAGGCACGCCGGGCGGCAAUUGCCCAGCGCGAGCAGGCGGAGCUCGAGGCGCGCUUUGCGGAGCUCGAGUCGGAUGCGCUGCGCGACUUGCCCGUGCGCACGGCCACGACGGCCGCCUCGCCGCUGGCCAAGAAGCCGCGCAGGAAGAUGGGUACGAUGGACGUGCCGCAGUCUACGGCACAGACCAUCAAGCGUGCGACGCCCGCGCCAGACGAGCCCAGCCGCGUCCUGGCCGGCGAGGCGGAAUCGCAUACGGAUGCCGCGCCGGAAGCGGCGCCGGAGCCUGCACCGGCGCCUGUGCCUGACGUGCCCCAGGAGAGCGUCAUGGAGCCUGUGCCGGAGCCGAUGCCCGAGGCCGUCUCGCGUGUGGGGUCGGUGGUGCCCGUGACGGGCUCGAGUGGCGCGCAGCAAACAGCGAGUCCAGAGGAGCGCGAGAUGCGGACCACGAGUGUGUCUACGGGGGGCGAUGCUACCUCGUCUGCCGAGUUCCUCGCCGAGCCCAGUGCGUCGAGCAAUGCGGUAUCGGCCACGUCGGCAGCGGCGGACGCGGGAGGCAGUGUGUCGAGUACAAAAGGAGAGCCUACGCCCAGUGCUAGUGUCUUGUCGAAGGAGGAGCGUGCCUCUGAUCCUGCCAGUGUCGCAUCAUCGUCGAGUGAUGAUGCCGAGGCAGCGUCGCGCGGUGCCUCGCAUGACGAGGCGGCGUCUCAUGAUGCCUCGCGAGACGAUGCGACGUACAGCGAUGCCUCGCGUGACGUGGCCGAUGCCACCAGCGCUGCACAUGCCCCGCCCUCCUCCAGCGUAUUUACGACAAGCGCUGCCAGUGUCGCGCCCUCGUCGAGCGACGUGUCGAGCACGAUCCAAGUGCCGAGCACCACGUUGCUCGACGCUACCUCGUCGACCCCCGCCCCUGCCACUUCCCCUCUAACGACCCCCUCCCCUCGUGAUGCCCAUGUGAGCAAAGCCGCGGCCGCCCUGAGUCUCGCCUCGGCGUCGCUCGAGUCUGCCGCCGCGACGCUCGCGCCCGAAGUGUACAGCGCGGCCUCGGCCAAGCUGCACUCUGCCUCGGUCUCGCUCGACCAGGUGCUUGCCCCCACGACUACCGCCGAGCCCCUGCUCAGCAAGGCCGCGUCCGCGGUCCACGCCCUCGGCCACGCGCCGAGCGCUGUGGGCGACGUGCUCGGCAAAGCGUCGUCGGUCGUGUCGGAUGCCUUCGUUCCUACCCCCACGUCGCUUCACGACGAACUGUAA